AUGCUAAAGUAUGGGAGGGUUCUGGCGAGAGGUUUUGUAAGCGUUAGGAGAUUUUCUUCAGUCGAAAUACCGAAACCACUGAAAGAGAGGAUCGACGGUUAUAUAGCAAAGGAUCCAGUUGUCGUUUUUAUGAAGGGAACGCAAGAUGAACCAAUGUGCGGGUUCAGCAGGAAUGUCAAAAUUAUACUAGAUUUUCACCAAGUGAAGUUUAAAGAUUACAACGUUCUUGAAGACGAAGAAUUAAGAGAAGGAAUUAAGAAAUACAGUGACUGGCCAACAAUCCCUCAGGUGUAUGUGAAUGGUAAAUUUGUUGGUGGCAGUGAUAUACUUGUUCAAAUGCAUAAAGAAGGCGAAAUAACAGAUUUUUUCGACAAGGAAGGGAUCAGAACAAAAUUUUCUAAUUCUGAUAAGAAGGAGGCUUAG